CUGAAUUAAUUAGUUUCGACGGGAAGGGUUAAUUAGAGACGCUAUCGACCGCUGUAUCCAUCGUCCAUCGAGAAAACGAGGCGAGGAGAGAAGCGGCUCGUCCGCUUUAUCCACCUAUCCACGAGGCUCUUCGCACGAUAAAAAUCCAAGACGCGUCGCGUUUAUAUCAUGCCAUUCGUAGAAAUGACAGCUUCUCGCGCAUAUAAAUACGAUUGGCAACGACCAAUCUAGCUUCAGUACGUCGAAACACGUUGACCCCGUCUUGUGCCCUCUAACACUGGUGAACGCUGCCUCGUGUGUCAAAUUCUGUCGCAACCUCCUUUGAAGAGAAAUGGAGAACGAAAGCAGCAAACGCAGACGGUCUUCCGCGUCCGAGAAAGCGAAGGAGAUGGAAACGAUAAACGGUCUUGUAUCCGGAAAGAACGUGCUCAUUACUGGCGGUGCAGCAGGCUUGGGCCACGCGUUUAUGAAUCACUUCCUGAAACAUGGUGCAAACAAAAUAACCAUAUUAGACGUCGACGCGGGAACCGGGAAACGGGUGGAACUGAGCGUAGAGAAAUCCUGCGGGGAGAAAAAGGUACACUUUAUUCACGUCGAUGUCUCCAAUUACGAAGACAUGACCGCGGCUUUUAAGGAAGCCUCAAAUUUGAUGAACGAUAUCGAUAUUGUGGUAAAUAAUGCUGGUAUUCUGGACGAACGACGUUGGGAAAGAGAAAUAGCAGUUAACAUUGGUGGGAUGGUAUGUACCGCGUUACUGGCUGUAAAAUACUUGGGCAGAGACCAACUCGGACAUGGAGGAACUUUGGUAAACGUCAGUCAACACAUAGACAUCAAAAGCACCGCUCAACUUCCGGUUUACACGGCCACCAAGCAUGCUAUUAUUGGUCUCUCGCAAUCUCUUGCGGACUCUUACCAGUAUGAAAAGACCGGUAUUCGUGUGAUAACGUUGUGUCCUGGCCUGACGGAAACUACGCUCACCGUGGACAGCCCAAAUAAGUUACUUUCCCGAGUUAUGAAAGCGGACUUUGUAAAAAAUCUGGAACAGCUAUCAAUACAAACCCCGUACGUGGUAGCUCAGGGUUUAAUGUCGAUCCUCAGGAUUGGAGAAUCUGGUAGCAUAUGGGUCAUUGAAAAUGGACGGACACCAUACGAAGUCUAUGUACCAAAUCCACGUAGUUUACGUCGAACUUAUAAGAACAACUUUACAGUGGUUGAAACCAAGGUAGUGACAAGAGGUCGUCCGAUAAGAGAAGUCUGUGACAAUACACGAACAGGUCUGAUGAGUUGUGCAUGAUGACGUGACAGCAAGAUAUCUUCGGCCACGAUGAUCUUCCACGUUCUCCAAGAAGCUUUGAAGAUUGGAAUCGCUAGUUUUCUGUCGCAUGGUUUAAAACAAUUCCUGCACGGUAAUCUGUGCAGGAAUUACGAAUGGAAAGUUGUCAAGAAGUGACGAAAAUGAUCAAAUUAAAUCCUUCUCAAUCACUGGAAGGUAAUUGAGAAAGGUUCAAGUUAUAAUCGCUUGAUAUUUGUUAGUCAUUGAUACAAUGUAAAGUAUUUAUAAAGAUAAUGCACAUGUAUACACAUACUUUGUACAUAAAUCAACGC